GUACCUUCUUGCUUGCCAUCAGUCAGACUCACGUUGACUGAACCACUGAACAUCAAACCUGUCCUCACUUGCACUCGGUACGCUACGGAUGGAACGGAAUGUCAGUGCGAAUAGCAGCAGAUACCAACAAUCUGUAUAAUCAUGAUGAGAUCCAUCCACUGCUAUGCAAACAAGCGAAAAUAGCUUUCUCACUGAUGUGACUGUAUCCUAUGGUGUAUUCUAUGUGUGGUGUGGAGCAGCGCAUAAAAUCCGGCAGUGUAGUGAGUUUAAAUCCCGUUUCUCAGAGCGUUAACUGUUCUUUUUCUCGCUCUCGAACAGCCAUCAGUACGUUUUCAUUAGAGCCCAUCAGUCAGUCGAUGUAAAAAGGUUAGGUGGUGCAGAAAUAUGUAUGAAAAGUAAAAAUUCGACUUUUUCUCCUCUAGUUGGAAAGAGAAAAAGUUAAAGGAUAUACAAGGAAAAGGAGGAAAAUUUACUAUCUUUUGUGAUAAUUAUUAGAUUUUUUGCGUUUACCUCCCCUGCAAAAGUGAUCCUAUUCUGUGGUUCAGUGCGGUUCGAAUCUGCAGCUAAAAGAAAUUUACGUGGGAUCCGGAUAGAUAUCUCGUGAAUACUUGUGAGUCUGCGAAGCGCUGUACUGUGAUAAAAAAAAAGUGGAAAAGGAAGCAAAUAGUGAACCGUGUGUGGAAUAUCGAUUUCGUGUACCAUCAACAGAAUAUUUCGACUGAGCCCUAGGAUACGGGAAAAAUCUUCACACUAGAUACUGGGAUUCCAAGGAGAGGAAAAUGUUUACGGGUACACUGCGGUUAAAAGUCUGCGAAGCCUGUGGUCUGCGACCUACGGAUUUUCAAACACGACAUACGAUGACUUUUGGGCGACUGGGAGAUCAACUCAUCGAUCCGUAUGUCUCGAUAGAUGUUGACGAAAAAUUCAUAGACCGAUCCACAACCAAACAACGCACAUUCGAUCCAGUGUGGAAUGAAAGCUUUAUUCACGAGGUGGAAAAUGCCGGCGUUCUCGGUAUGACGAUAUUCCACGAGGGUCCCAUCACGGACGUUUUUGUGGCCAACACGACGAUCCCGUUCGAAGAUCUGAUGUCUAGAAAUGAAACCGACCAGCAGGAUUUCUGGGUGGAUCUGGAACCUCAAGGCCGAUUGCACGUGAAAAUCGAUCUGCGAUGGAAUCAGGAAGCGAACAACAGCAUGGCGGCGCAACAGCAAAACUCAUGCCGUCGUCUUAUUGUCAAGGACCAGCCCUUCUUGAAUCGACGGCGGGGUGCUAUGCGAAGGCGUGUCCACCAGGUCAACGGUCACAAAUUUAUGGCAACGUUUUUGCGCCAGCCAACGUUUUGCUCUCACUGUCGGGAAUUCAUAUGGGGAUUAGGAAAACAAGGCUAUCAGUGUCAAGUAUGCACAUGUGUGGUCCACAAAAGGUGCCAUAGUUCUGUUGUUACCAAAUGUCCAAAGAAGAAAGAUGAGCAGGCCAAACCAACACCACAGGACGCGGCCCAGCGCUUCAAUGUAAAUAUACCACAUAGGUUUUCAGUGCACUCCUUUAAGCGGUUGACCUUCUGCGACCACUGCGGUUCACUGCUGUACGGCAUCAUCAGACAGGGUCUCAAGUGCGAAGUGUGCAGUAUGAACAUCCACCGGCGUUGCGAGGGCAACGUGGCCAACAACUGUGGCAUCAACACCAAACAGCUGGCCGAGUUGCUCAACGAGAUGGGCAUCACCAUGGAUAAAACACCACCACGUAGAUCUAAGUAUUCAAGUCAAGCGCCUAGUGAUAACUCAUCCAUCUCGGAACGCAGUGAGGACAGUUCGUUGGAUUCGCUCUCGACCAAGAGCAGCCAGGACACGGACAGCCAGCAGUUGCUGUUGGGUGCGGAGCAUGGCAGCCGAUCCGCUUCUAGUCAGUUGAAGCAAAGCGGAACUGGCAGUGCCACUUCCCAGGAAGAUGACAGUAAACGUUCGGCUACCGGUGGCCUGACGGUUGGCAAGACGUGCCUGACCGACUUUAACUUCAUCAAAGUGCUCGGUAAGGGAUCUUUCGGAAAGGUGAUGCUGGCCGAGAAGAAAGGUACCGACGAAGUGUACGCCAUCAAGGUGCUGAAGAAGGAUGUUAUCCUGCAGGAUGACGACGUAGACUGUACGAUGACUGAGAAGCGAAUUCUAGCCCUGGCAGCGAAGCAUCCUUUCCUGACCGCACUGCACUCUUGCUUCCAAACGCCGGACCGUUUGUUCUUCGUGAUGGAGUACGUUAACGGGGGCGAUCUGAUGUUCCAGAUUCAGCGGGCGCGAAAGUUCGACGAAAGCCGCGCUGCGUUCUACGCGGCCGAAGUGACACUCGCCUUACAGUUCUUGCAUCGCAACGGCGUAAUCUACCGGGAUCUUAAGCUGGACAACAUCCUGCUGGAUGCCGAAGGACACUGCAAGCUCGCUGAUUUCGGCAUGUGUAAAGAGGGAAUCACUGGUGACAAUUUAACUUCUACGUUUUGCGGUACACCAGAUUAUAUUGCGCCCGAGAUCCUUCAGGAGCUUGACUAUGGUCCAUCGGUAGACUGGUGGGCACUAGGUGUAUUGAUGUACGAAAUGAUGGCAGGGGCACCGCCCUUUGAAGCGGACAAUGAAGAUGAUUUGUUCGAGGCGAUUUUACGCGAUGAUGUACUGUACCCGGUUUGGCUGUCCCGGGAAGCAGUGUCGAUUUUAAAAGGAUUCAUGACGAAAAACGCCGCCAAACGUUUAGGGUGUACCGAUGGCGAAAAUCAAAUUCGUACCCACCCGUUCUUCAAGGAUAUGGACUGGGAAGCGCUUGAACAGCGAAAAGUACGGCCACCUUUCCGGCCCCGAGUGCGGAGUGCACGCGACGCCCUAAAUUUCGACACCGAGUUCACCAAAGAAGACCCAGUGUUAACCCCAGUGCCGAAAGAUAUCAUCCGCUGCAUCAAUCAGGAAGAAUUUGCCGGAUUUUCGUUUGUCAAUGCUGAGUUCGGCCCGGAGCGCAGGAUCCCCUGUUAGAGGGCGAGCGAAUUUGGCUAAAUUUUCUCUCGUCGUCCCGUGAGUCGUCGGUCGGUGAGACGCGAUAAAACCAAAGAGUUGAAUAGCAGGAAUCAGUGUAUCAGUCAACCGGCAAAAGCAAAAGCACAACACGGACACGGGUGCCAUUCUUCCCGAAAGAGCUAAGCUGCGAGGAGACGCGUGAAGGAGGGAUUAUUUGUAAGCUAGUUUUAUACUAACGGACGAGUUCUGAUUUUAUUAUAAAAGUGUGCAACGUAAACGAAACGUUGCCCUGCAAUGCUUGCAGCUAUUGUUGAGCAGUUGGGAUAAUCGAGCUCGAUGAUCUACAGCCAGUCAGAGAUUAAAUUCUCAUUUAUUAGAGAGAUAGAGUUGGUUAGAGAAUGGAAUCUUGAAACAGGAAGAAAAAGUUUCUUUAGUUUAAAAUACUUUUUAGUAGUUCUUACUUUUGGCAUUAUGAAUGCUCACAUUUCGUUGACGAAUUUGUUACUCUUGGUAUUGCAUUAGUUGCCAUAAAAAACACACACACACAAAUCGAAUGAUUAUUUUAUGAUUAAGCUAUUUAUUGUUGGUUUUACAAUCAUUCAUUGUAAUGUAGUUUUAGAGAAGACGAUUAGAGCAGAGCUUGAAAGUGCAAUAGUGUGUCGUUAUCUAUAUUAUUGCUUAUCUCGUUGAUUUAAAAAAAAAUCAGGUUGGCUCCAAAGGAAUCAAAAAAGAUCUGCUAAUAUAACUGCAAUCGUUUAUUUCUGUCAUUGAAUUAUGUUAAUUAGUGUCCUAUAUUUUACCCGCUAGAAAAAAAGUGCCAUUCGUGAAAAAGCCGCACUACCCUCUGAAGCUGCAUGCCAAUAAUAAUAAUUGCCGUGGUUUUAGUUUGUGCAUGCUAUAAUAGUGCUAUCACAAUCAUUGCAAAUGUAUACAAGCACAAGUUGCAGUGAAUUCGCGUUUUUCAUGCUAGUCAUUAAUAGUAUUUUGUGUUAGAAUUAUUUUAGACGUACAUUAUUUCAGCUAUUUUAAGCAGACCAACAUUUGUUAAUACCGUCACUUCUUGGAAGUUUCAUUUCAAAGUUUCCCAAAUCGAGAAAGCGAAAUAACAAUGAUUAGCAUAGGCCCUGGAAGGCCAAACUCUAUUUAGAAGAUGGUAGCCCCGAAAGAAGAAACGAAUGAAGUAUUACUGUUUGAAUCUAACUAAUCAAAUCAUGAGGUCAGGCAGAGUUGUGUGCAAUAUAUUUUGUCAAAAAAACGCCAUUUUCAACGAUAGAUAAAAUUUAGAACAAGGAAAACACUUUGUUCGAUUGCUUCCGUUUAUUGUUUCGACUUAGUCUAUAUACUAUUGAAUGUGGAAAGGAAUAAUGGAAUUAUUUGCAGUACAGGAUAAUAUCCUUAUUGGUAUAAAAUUAAGUUUAGACAGCUGCUUGAGUAAAUAUCGAGCAAAUGAAGUGUAAUUUUCCUGUCUGAUUUGGAUUAACCUUCAAUUAUGUUUUUGAUAGUAAGAAACAUGCACCUUCCGCAGGCCCUGGCACCAGUUUGAGUCAAGAACCAUUUUUUAAGUUUUUUUUUGAGUGAUUCCUAACUCAAAACUGUGUGCAACGUUCAUGCCUCCUGUUAUCAAACACAUAGGUUAAGUUUAACAUAAAUAAGAGAGGUUCGAAUUUUGUCAUUUACCAAUUGCACGUGGAAUUAGUCCAUUCGGUUGCUCUUACAAUUUCUCUGUCAGCUCGAAGAGUUCCUAAUUUGAAAAAGCUUUCUUUAGUUUCAAUCCUUUCUGUUGUCAGUUGAAUAAGGCUCAAUUCAGCAGACGACAAAAAAGAGAAAGAUCAUAGAUUACAUAUUUGAAACCAGUUGGUUCGUAUAAUAGCAAAGAAAUAUUUUGUGGCCAGUGAGUUUUUCGGUCGACGGAUGUGAAAUGCCGAGGACCUUAGGAGGACGCAUUGCCCAUAGAUAGAUAGGGGAUGGAUUGUAGUAUUGAAAGAGUUAUUUAUACCAAAUUUGAUAGUAUUAUUUAUUUACAUACAAUUUAAAGAGCACACAAAGGAGGAGGAAAAGGAUGCGAAGGAGGGAGGAUCAUCCACCGCUGGCCGCUUGGCUGUGGCGGUGUGGAUCGGUUGUUUAUGUCAUUAAAUGUCUGUCUGUUCAAGCUUUAGUCACAAUUUAUGCAAUUGAAAAACAGCAGCUGUAACGAGAGAUACCAAAUAUAGAGAAAUUUAUUAUUGCCCAUUUAUUCCGAUUGUACGGAACACAUUUAAAGGGCGGACGAUUCGUGCGCAAAUUACUAGUAAAAUGUCGCUGUUUUAUGCUGCUUAUUGUUUGUUUCUUUCGUUUAUGGAAUAAACUAAGUUGUUCAUUUGUAGCCUUUUAGUGUAGAUAUAGUUUCUGAGUGGAAAUAUCAAAACGAAGAGAGAGUUGGAUAAGGCAACGCGUAUCAGUAAACUAGGGAACGAUAAGAAUGUUUACUAGGCAUUUAUAAAAAAAAUAAUUAAAAUGAGAUUAAAUAAGGAGAAACCAGAGAAAAAAUCCGUCUGAUCAUAUAAAGCAGAUAAAAAUAACGUAUUGAAAUGCAAAUUUUUUGUAAUUUUAAUGCAUUGCUAGGUGGGUAUUAAAUCGGUCGAAUUUUUAUUUUAUUUUGAAAGUAUAUAUAUAAAUAGAUGAAUGUGUUAGGUAUCAACCAGAGUGUAAAAACUAUAGCAUCAGCAGGCAGGCAAAAGGGUGUAAACUUUUUUUUCUCUUCAAACUAACAUAAGAAUCAAAUGUUUUUUGUGUCGCCUUAACGUACCCUGCUGUAGUAGGUCAUGAAUAAAUUGAUAACGUUAUGUAAUAGUCUAACUGACGUUAACUCCUCUGAGGUUUACAUCAUUUGUGGCCCAGAUUCGCUAAAAUGGUAAUAACUUUUUUGGUUUUCAAUCUUUUUCUCCAAAUCUUGAAAAUUUCCCAAAAUUCUUUUAAAAUUUCUAAUUCUAAUUACAGAUUAUGACCAUAUCUUAGUCUCAGAGUUAUCCCGAUGUUACUUCGAGGACCGUGACAUAGCUCUUUGAGAUACUUUUGUUGACUUUUUUAUAUUUGAUUAAAACGUGUUGGUUUUUUUUCAAAUCGGCUUCAACCUGAUCAAGCCAUCCAGCACUUUAGGCCCCUCUAUUCCGGGUCCCAUCGGGUCCUUGAAGAGAACGGGCAUCCUUACAACGUGGUCGACCAACCGUAGUCUCCCAACUUUCGCCAGAUAUACGAUGGGGAUCUUUUCAAGUAAGGCAUGAAACUCGUGAUACAUAAGUCUACGCCACUCUCUGCUCUCCGUUUGUACUCCGCCAAAAAUAAUCCGCAACACCCUUCGUUUAAAUACGGCAAGUGCACGUAUAUCUUCCGUAAGCAAAGGUACUGCCUCUAGUGUGUAGAGGAACUACCGAUCUGAUUAGCGUUUUGUACAUAGUCAACUUUGUGCGGCGGCGUAUGGUCCUUGAUCGAAGCGUCUUGCGACUUCCAACUUGGAUGUGGUGUUGCGUGUGGCGCCUGGAUCCUUCAAUAGCACCUUCAAUAGCGAUGUUGGAUGACAUACAGGACAGUCUAUCCCCUUGCCGCAGCCCUCUGCGCAAUUAAAAAGCACUCGAGAGUCCCCCGAAACACGCACGUAGCACAUCACUUGCUCCAGGGUAGCUUUGAUCCGUCGCGUUGUUUUGUCCGGAAAAUUGUUCUCGUGCAUUAUCUGCCAAAGUUGUUCACGCACGACUGUAUCGUAUGCUGCCUAGAAAUGCACAAAAGUUUGCUCCGUGGGCAUGUACUACCGAUAAUUGUGGAAUUCUGGAGAAUUUGGAAUUCUGGAGAGUAAAAAUUUGAUUUCGAUUCAUACCAAGUUUCCGGGACCAUUUUAAUAAGCUCCGCUCUGGUGCCAUUGUUCUACGCAGAUGGACUGUUUUUAACUGAGCUGACCUAUCUUCUACGCUUCUCGCAGCACCGAACUUGCUUUCCUCACCGCCAUGCUUCUCUGCCUGAGCGUCAGUCAGAUGUUCGUCGAAACGUCGCUGCCAACUUUCGGUCCAUUAAAUACUGCCAUUUUUAUCCCGAUACGUUUCGGCUCGUGGAACAAAGCCAAAGUGGGGUGCGUUCAGUUUCUGGUAAACCUUUCGCGAUUUCUGAGCAUGAUGUUGUUGAUCCAACUCUGCUUACUCCUCCUCCUCCUUCUCUUGGCAGUGCCUUUUCUCACGAAAGAUUUGCGUUCGCUACAGCUCUUGUCUGUGUCUUUGACCCUUCUGAUACGCGGUGCAGUGUUCCCCUCAUUCAUGUCUUUUCUUAGUCUUCGUUAUACAAAUCAUUUCGUUGAUUCCAUUUCAAGCACCUGAGCUCGUUCUGUGUGCUACGCUGGCUGUUUAGUUGGUCUUUCAAUCAAUUUGGCAAAUCGAGCUAGAAGUAAAGGAUGCCCAUCUAACGCUUACUCCACUGAUAAAAGCGUACGACAAACAACGCUGGUGCUACGCAUAAAUUCUGCUACCUAGACACUCGCGAGCGCAUAAACCUCGCAGCGUCUUUCUGCACAGCCUGCACUGACAAGGUAAACCAAUGCCAAUAGCUCAUGACCGCGAGCGGUACACUAGGAUGUUUGAAUGCAGAUUUUGCUUUACUUCUUCUUUCGUUCUUCAUCAUGGGCUCUCGAUGAGCAAUGCGGCAUCAACUGCUCGGCUGCAGUGACGAGAGAGAGAGAGAGAGAGAGCCUGAGCAGGUAUUCAAAUACACACUCGUAAAACUCGUCCCAGUGCGUGGGAAAAGAAAGGGAGCCCAAGAGCAGUGUUGCGAAGCCCACACUCGUGUGGUCUAACACACGCGUACUCAUUCUAAUGAAUACGCCGGCAUAAGCAAAAAAUAAAAACUCGCGCUUUUAUUUCUUCAUGCACAGCAAGGAGUUUUUGCUAACAGCUACAGUGGUCGAUCGUCGUUCGUCGUUGCAGUCCGAUCUGCUGAUACCGAUUACUCACAUUGGCUUGGACUUCCGCCCGCGUGUAGAAUCGAGGGCGAAGAUGAAGAAGAAGAGGAGGAAAAAGUAAUGCAAAAUUUGUAUCCCAGUGCGCCACCAGCCUCACGGGCAGCUGAUUCCCCACGAGUUUCUUAACUCGGGAAUAAGCUAUGCAUGAAAACGAUGUGAGGAUAUGCGUGCGUGAGCGUGUGGGCAGCAGAAUAUCUGCACACAGCACCGACGGCUGUGUGGGGGUUUCGUAGCACUGGUUCCAGUAGUCCAGAUCGUUCUCUUCCGGCAGUAUUGCUUCGAGUGAAUGCAUGUAAUAUCCGGCAACGCAGGCUGCUUCGGCCGCGCGAGAUUUAACCGAGACUGGCGUCGGUAAUGAAUUUUAUGCACAACGGGUACUUUUGGGAUGCGCCGUAUCCCUUACCGAGUAGUGGUUUGCGCCAACGUUAGCACUUCGCUUUGUACUGACGUCCAUAAUGUUUGAGAAGCGCCAGCCGUGAGUUUUUGUCUAAUUUGGUAACCUCCAGGAAUUCUUGCCGGAAGACGGUGCUACGUACAGCCAUGUUCUUGAAGACGGCAAAUUUCUAAGUCCAUUUUGUUGGUCUGCUGAUGUGCACUGAACCCUCCAAUAACCAAUUUGUAUUUGUCCUCCUGGUCGACAACCCCGAUGACGAUAUUGAUGUCAUGUUUUUUUGGGCAGCGCUUGUAUUCACAUUCCAAAUGUGCGUAAAAUUUCUCUUUGGCAUUAUUGGGCCUUCCGAGGUGAGGGCUGUACCGGUUGGUUAUGCUGAUGUUAAAUUAAUUGAUUGAUUGACUGGUUAAUUCUCAACCUGCAUAUUUGAGCAUUGAUCAGUCACCUACCAAUCUCGCCCUUACUAUAAUAGUUGUACCCAGAUCGCGUGUAUUGCUGCAGCCCUGAUAGGUUAUGCGACCAUUCCUAAACGGGCGUACGCGCUGCGACGUCGAAUUUUCGGCUAUUCAAUGCAUCGGAGAGAACUUAGGUGCUCCCUGAGAAGUGGAGUUCCACAUCCAUUGUCGUUGCGCUCGUGCUUCCCGAGCAUAACGAUCCGAUUUUUUCUGUUCUUCGUAAUUGCUUACUGAUUUUCUAUAAUGGCAACCUGCAGGGCCUACAACACCUGUUUCGUCGGAGGAUUAUAAUGCACUGUUUCAAAAAAGAUUUUCGGGAAAAUUUCCAAAUUUGGUGAAAAACAUUGAGCAACAAAACAAUUGUUAUUAUUUCAGUGAAUUUUGCGUACACCUUAGAGGGAUUAAUUAAAAACGACUGUUUAUAUUUUCCGCACAAAAAAAAAUUUAAGAAAGGAGCUAAUCCGAUAUCAGCUUAACGCUAAGCGUGAUUUUCUCAUGUUAAUCUGGUGAUGGCUUGUGAAUAUCAUUCAUUGACGUAACAAGUAGAAUUGUACAAGCUGAAGGCACACCGUUUAGCGUGAAGUUAGCAUCCCGGAAUUUCCCCGAUUGAGUCCUGACCACACUUCUGUUUACGAUGUUAGUCCAAAAUAGUGUAUUAUUUGGAUAGCAACUGAAAUAACCAAAACCAAUCGCAGAAGACAAAACAUACCUAAGGCAUAACUAAGAAGAAGCAAAACAAGUGAAGAAAAAAUCCGUGUAAAUUAGUUAAAUGUUAGGUAGACUAAACACUAUAUUACUAUUCUAAAUCAUAUUGCAAAACAAAAACAUCAAAGCGGUAACCCUUUGGAAAUGAAAAGCGCAUAAACGUAUCCUCUAAAAUACAUACUAAGAUAUACAAAAAGAAAACAAGGCAUGAAUGAUUUACGGAAAACUAAACCAUUUUCGGGAAGGGACUCGUAAAAAAGUGCAUGCACCUGGAGCGGUAUGUAUAUGAGAGAAUAUAAAUAUUAAUGAUAUCUGAGAGCAGAAUAAUUAGCACACACUGAAUGUUAAAAAAAUGAUAAAAGUGGACAUUUCAAACAAUAAAGUGAUGAACAUACUGUCACCAAAGCGGACAUUCUGAUCACUUUUAUACUAGAUUCGUACGAGAUCGUGGUUUUAAAAAACAGCAAAAAUAACAUAAAAAGAUGGCAGUAGACGCAAUGUGUAAUAAAAAAAUAGGAUUUAACUGACGAGCACAAAAUCGAGAAAACAUAAACCAAAAAAAUAUUGCAUAAACAAACAAAAAAAAACAAGAUACACAAAGUUUAACUGUUGUGCAUAAUUUAUUGAUGUUGUAUUUAGAAGAAGAAGAAAAAAGGAGUCAUGGUAAUUAUUUAAUGUUUUCCGUUGACGAUCACUAGCAUACAAUCUCCUGAUUGCUAAAGUUAUAGAAAAUGGAAAUUUUCUUGCCAGCUUGGUUUGCAGACAAUCUUUACGUUUUACUCCUAUUUUAUGGUAGGGAAAAAAGCAGUUUUCCUGUUGCCCAAUCAGAGAAGAGAAAACACUUAUUAAGAAACGAAAAAAAACGUCAUCAACUGAAAAAGCGAACCGUUUCACUUGCCCUUUGAAAAUAUCCCACCGUAAGUAAACAGAAAAACGUAACGUAACGUAAAUAAAUAACAAAACUUCCUGGUAGCCUCGUUUUUUUUUGUUUUUGCUGAACUUGAAUCCAAGUUACCAUUCAUCAAUCUCGAACCGUUCGAGCAUUCUGCCAACCGCCCUUGUACUGUACGCAUGCCCACUGUUUUAAUCACCUAACGCUCAGUUCAGUUAAUGACGUUAGCUGUAAAGCAGCACAAGUUAAAUCACAAAUGACUGAUUUAAUAACGGUCAUUACAUGUGGAUGCGCCAAAAGGAGUUACCCAGUUGUUGUAGGCGAAGGGUAAUCUUAGGUUAUCACACAGCGAAGAAGGUAACAUCUUCCGAAACCCAGAACUUCUUUUUCCCCGAUUUGUCAGGAAAAUAACUCACACACAAAAACACACGUUAUGACAGAGAAAAAGCAGCAGGCACAAACAGCUGGAAUCGUUGUUCCAACGAAGAAGGUUGAAUUCGCGCUAACCUCACCGUUUGGACAAAGAUGGUAGGAAAACAAAAAAAAAGCAAAUUAACACACAAAUGAUACGGGAGGUUGCGUUCAAAAAUAGUUUCGAUUACAAAACAAACAGGAAGCCGACGCGAUAGAUGGAAAUAUAAACCAGAAAACUGAAUAGAUGAAAAGUAAUAUAUAAA